AUGGGUGUUCCUGCCCUGUCUGCAGAUGGCUCUGUGGAGCUGAGGGCCACAGCAACAGACCAGGUGGUUGGAUUCGGCUUGGUUGCCUUCAGCCUCGUUCUCUUUGUUUACUACACCCUCUGGAUCAUCAUACUGCCCUUCAUCGACAGCGACCACGGGAUACACCGGUACUUCUUGCCUCGGGAGUAUGCAGUUAUCAUCCCUGUGGUGGCCGGACUGCUGUUACUGCUAUUUAUAGGCGUCUUUAUAAUGGUCGUGAUGUGGAAGAGCAGGAAACCUGCCAAGAAAUCAGACUGA